CAUGUGUGGAUAGUUUGGAGUUUGUCGAUCAGACAUGCGCAGUACACAUUUGACUCAACUGAAGGAAUUUAGCUAGUUCACUAGUUUGCUUGGACAGCGGAGGGUCAGACACAGGAAGCUUUCAAACUUGGAAUCGUUUCUAUACCAGAUAUCAAGAGGAAAGUCCCCCCAUCUGUUUUUCAAAGAGGAACUAGCUAGCUAGCAAGCUGCCGAAGGGUUUUACUUGCUUUGCUAGCUAUCUAGCUAGCUAAAUAUCACCAUCCAAGAAAAGGGGAAACUUUUACAGUAACACGAUGUUAAGACAGCCCCAGAGCACCAACGUGACUGGAACCGGAGGAGGAGAAACCAACAUCAACAUGGAUGACAUGACGGUGGAGGACAUUGCCUUGAGGGCCAACCAGGUGACGGAUGAGUCCCUGGAAAGCACCAGGAGAAUGCUCCAGCUGGCCGAGGAGAGCCGACAGACAGGGGUGAACACUAUCACCAUGCUGGAUGAGCAGGGAGAACAACUGCAGCGGGUGGAGGAGGGCAUGGACAAGAUCAACGAGGACAUGAAGCAGGCGGAGAGGAACCUGACUGAUCUGUCCAAGUGCUGCGGCAUGUGCGUGUGCCCCUGCGACAGGGUGAAGUCCAUCGAGCACGACGGGCGCUACAAGCGCACCUGGGGCACGGGCAGCACGCCAGCGGUAGGCGAGUGCGUGGGUCAGCAGCCAUCGGCUGGGCAUACUGGUCAGUAAGUGCUGGGUAACAGCAUUUCGAGUGCUGGGUAAUACUUGCGCAGGAUCACCAACGACGCCCGGGAGGACGAGAUGGAGGAGAACCUGGGCCAGGUGGAGGGCAUCAUCGGCAACCUGAAGUCCAUGGCCAUGGACAUGGGCAACGAGAUCGACAAGCAGAACGUCACCAUCGACCGCAUCACCGACAAGGCGGACAUGAACAAGGCGCGGAUCGACGAGGCCAACCAGAGAGCCAACAAGCUCAUCAAAUAGAGAGGGCCGCGCCGCAGCCCCUCCCCUCCGCAGUGCUCUCUUCCUCUCCUACCAUCCCUCCUCCCUCUCCCCUCCUCCCUUCCCAUCCCUCCUUCCUCUCCCCUCCUCCCUUCCCAUCCCUCCUCCUUUUUCUCCCAUCCCUCUUUCCUCUCCUCCCAUCAGUCCUUCCUCUCCUCCUAUCCCUCCUUCCUCUCCUCCCAUCACUCCUUCGUCUCCUCCCCUCCCAUCCCUCCUCCUUUUUCUCCCAUCCCUCUUUCCUCUCCUCCCAUCACUCCUUCCUUUCCUCUCCUCCCAUCCCUCCUUUCUCCCCGCCCGUCUUCCUCUGACAAUCAGUGAGGGCUGUAAACCAACCAAUGGAAGACAACGAUGCUGUUUUCACGUUAAAAAAAGUCCUUCGUCGCAAAUCAAUGUCUUCCUCACUGCUAUUUGUAGCUGAAGCCGCAGGUCUGUCUGUCAGUCAGUCUCAUUUUCUUAGUUCUUAGAGGUUUGGUUAAGGACUUCAGGCUAAUUUGUGAUGUGCAGUAUGUAUAAUUAUCAGUGGUUAAUCACUGUUUGCCAACAUACACGUUGAAGUGCAGUUUCUGCUCCAGUAAAUUAAAACGCAGUAAAGUGUAAGAAAGUCACUGAAAAAACAAGCCAUUUCUUAUAAUGUCAUUCUGUACUGUCCUUGUCGUUCGCCAUCUAGUGGCCUAGCAGUGAAACAACAGUAUCUAACUCUUGUAUUUAGUCAUUGUUAACUAAUAUUUAGUAAUAUGUAACAGACCAAUACUAAAUUUUGUAAUUGGCUCGGCAGGUAAUUUUUUUUUUUCUUGUAUCCAAAACUGUCAUUUCAUGAUGGUGUUCAUCUACAUUAUAUUAAUUUUAUAUCCGUAUACUGUAUGAAUGAACCAUGACAAAAACAUAAGCCUUUUAAAAAAAUUUUUUUUUUUUAAUUCAAUUUUAAACCGAAAAAUGUGCGAUCUCCGGCCGUAAGUAUGAGUUUCGUUGGCGGAACUGGUCCCCCGUCCCGACCGCACGCUGUGUGGGGUCGGCCCGGGUUCGCGGGUGAGGUAAAAUAUCUCGCCGUUCCGCCGUGAACCACAGAGCGGCCGGGAUUGUGUGGCGGCUACGGCGAAGCUUCGCUCUUCGACACGGGUGUAGGUCUCCGCUGGGACGGGUGCAGGUCUCCGCUGGGACGGGUGCUGUCCUCCGCUUUUCUGACCCCUGUGCGUGCCUUUUUCGAGGACCCGUUUCCCUCAGGACUGGAUCCUCUGUACUGUACUCCGGACUGAGGCCGGCCUCUUCUCCUCACAGGGACCCGAUUUCCUGGGCGUAACCGCGGUAACGUCCGACGCAGCUUUAGGAUUCGCCCUCUUUGUUUUUCCGUCGGUGAUGGUAGUUGUAGUUCUUCCUCGUCUGGCCUGUGCCACUGGCUGACAGACAUGCUGUAGUUCCUGCCUGACUUCUGACUCUUAACGACUUAAGCGUUUUUGCCUUGUUUGAAUCUAAAACUUUAUUGUCGGUAAACGAAAGUGCCUCUCGCAGCCUUUUCUUUCGAGCACCAGGUUUGAAGCUGAAGCAUUGCAGGACCACGCCCACUGUUUGAUACAGGAAGCUGUGUUGUAAUAGCUGUGUAUCAGCGAGAGGGGGGGUGUGUCUGUCUGCCCCCUUAAUCGCCAUGGCAACCGGAGCUGCAACUUGCCACAACUCAUGUUAUUUCAUGCUUGCGCGUGUGACGUCACUGCCCUAAUUAAAACUCCCAAGUCUGUUGGCUGCAGAUUGAAUGGAUUCAGUGCAGAGGUUGGGGUUCUGGGGGGGAGGGGGGGAGGGGGGAAGGGGGGGGGGUGCCUCUGCGUUUAGGCCACACCCCUCAGUACUGCUGUCCUGCAGUGAUGAGUGUGUGGCAGCUGUCUGUCAAUUCAGUACUGCUGGUUUAAAGCCACGUAAUUUACACACAGAGCUUUUACUGCCUCCCACUGUUCACCAAUGGAAUGUGACGGCAAUGGCAGCAAGUCUUGAGUCACCUUAAAAUGGAGGAAGCCUGAGUCUGUCUCUAUUGUAGGAUGCUCAAACAUUUUUGCCGUUUUUUUUUUUUGUAAAGAUUUUUUUCCCUCUUUUUUUGUUGUUGCUGUUUUAUUUAAUUUCUUCAUUUGAACUUAAGAAAGAAUAAUUAAUUGAAUUAAAAAGUGCCUUUAUUUCUCUUCAAAGUACACUAAAGCUUCUGCAGCCUUCUCUCUUAAGUGAAAUGUAUACUGGUAUAUUUGUAUUGUUUUAAUAAACUUCUAUCAGGCA